AUGUUGCCCCACUACACGCGUGGAGCCCCUGCCCCUCCGUCAUCCCUCGCGGAAGACAGCUUCACAUGCGCUGGAGCUCAGAGCUCAGUCCUCCAGUCCAUUCGUCUUGACACAAGCUGCUCCAACAUGAGCGACACUGAUGACGAAGCGUCUCUGUCCCAGUUCGGCUAUCUCACACCACCGCUGUCUCCUACGAAGACUAUCAGCAUUGAAGGCUGGGCGUCACCACGGACGCCUCAGUCUCCUCGCAAAAGCCGCAGCUGCCUCUUCUUCAGGGAUAUUGACAGCGGCUUCACUAGUCAUUGCCCAACUCCAUCUUCUUCUCCUAGGAAGUCCAGAUUUCUCUCUCGCGCAGCAUCUCCCUCACUGAUCCCGACAGAUACGGUCAUUACGUUCGAAAGCCCUAGUCUACCACACUUACACUGCAUUGACAUAUCCGCUGACGACAGUUCUCCGCCUACCAAGCUUCGCCGCCUUCCCUUGCGCUAUUCCAGUUCUCCUCUCAGAUCCAGUCAAUGGCUAGCACGAGGCGGCUUGCUAGCAUCACCUAGUCAAACCCAAACAAGUACGCCAGAUCGAUUCAUCGCUUGCCGCCGCCCACCCGCACUCACUCGAGAAAGCUUUGAACUCAACAGCCCUGCAGAGCGUCGAAACAAGGAACAGAAUACAAACCGCGGCACACGUACAGGAGCAGAUGCUUUCAGUCGCCGACUGCGCAGGAGCGGCCGCUUGAAUGAAGAAUUACGCCGUCUCAGGGAGGCACACUCUGUAGUUUCAGGCCGUGCAAAUGCAACCAGGAGAAACGUCAACUUCAGACGAACCCCUCUACCGCUAGGUGCUCGUCAGAUCAGCGCUGGCGCUGUCUGGAAUGUCGGUGGUCCUUCUGCUGUGAGCGACACAGUAGUAGCAGUCUCCACUGGCAGAGGUAGAAUGCUCGGUAGCGGAACGAACGCGCCAUUGUACAAAUCAGCUUUUCUGAAUCGAGCAGACCCCGAUGCCGAACUCGAAGCCUACGAACGGCGUCUUGCGCUCGCACUUGACAUUGAUCAGACUGAUCGUAUCCUCCAGCACUCAUCGUCUCCGGUAUCUGUGAGCUCACCGCAUGGCGGUCCUGCAUCGCAAGCAAAACAUGUCUGGCGAGACGGAGCUUGGGUCAAGGACGGAGUCAAUUCGAUUCUCGAUGCCCCUAACCUUCGCGAUGACUACUACUGCACUCUACUCGCAUACUCUCACACCUCCAAGUGUCUGGCUGUCGGUCUAGGAAAUUUUGUUCAUCUCUGGUCUCAGAAGAGUGGUGUCAACACGCCAGACUCACUGAACGCUGUGCCGCCAAACGGCCCUGCAGAUGUUCAACAUGUCACCUCCUUAGACUUUUCCUCUACAGCAGGUGGUCAAGCGAUUCUUGCCGUGGGACGAGCCGAUGGCCGUAUCUUGCUAUGGAGCCCACUAGAUGCGGAGCCGCGCUUCGAAGCGACGCAACCCAAACCCGUAUCCUGUGUGUCCUGGAGACCGACUGUUGUGCAACGGCUUUCUCUCCGAGAUAGAGCAAUGACUGUACCGACCGAAGAGUUGCUUAUCGGGGACGAAGUCGGUCACAUCUACUUUUACAGCGUGGAGUGGCCUUCAGAGACACACAGUGCACUCUUCGGUUGGACUGGCGCCAUGACCCUGCUGGCUCGACUUUCAAUCCACAGUCAACAGAUCUGUGGCCUAGCAUGGUCAUCCGACGGUGAACUUUUCGCGAGUGGUGGAAACGACAACAACUGCAAUCUAUUCGAAACGAAAAAGGUGCUCCGAUCGAACCCUGCAAGCGAAAAUACAGCAACCAUGCUGGACGUCCGCGAUGGUCCCCGUGGUGAAUCCAUCUACACCGUAACCAACCGUAACAAUAACGCCGUCCUACACCUCGCACAAUCAGCAGCAAAACACACAUGGACACUUAAUGCCGCUGUAAAAGCCAUGGCAUUUUGCCCCUGGCAACGCGGUCUCCUCGCCAUCGGUGGCGGCUCGAACGACCGCUGCAUCCACUUCUACCACACCCGCUCUGGCACCUGUCUUGCGACCAUCGACUGCGCAGCUCAAAUCACUAGCCUAAUCUGGUCCCAAAAGCGACGCGAAAUAGCAGCAACCUUUGGCUUCGCACAACCCGAGCAUCCCUAUCGCGUCGCCGUCUUCGCUUGGCCCAGCUGCGAACAAGUCGUUGCCGUCCCGUGGUACGAUGAGAAUCGCGCGUUGUGUGCAGUUGCUUAUCCAGGCGGUCCUACGAGCGGUCCGCAAAUAGAUGACGAUCGUGAUGGUGGGAGGGCGAGGGGUGAAGAUGGGGUGUGGUCGCAGAGAGGUGUUGAGGAGGGUUGUAUUGUUGUGGCGGCGAGUGAUAUGGCGAUUCGGUUCCAUGAGAUCUGGAGUGAUCGGCGGGGGAGUGUGGGUACAGGUGGCUUGCUAGGCGGUGGGUCGAUGGGUUUGUUGGGUAGAAGUGAUAUCCAUGAGGGGCCUUAUGCUGGGGGUAUUGAGAAGCAGGGCACGGUUAUUAGGUAGGUAAGGUAAGUUUUAGGGAAUGGUUGGAGACACAGAUUAAGACGAGCAGACUAGUCUUUAGUCUAAGAAUCAAAAGUUUUGGUUCUGAGUUACGAUCGAGGACUGCUCCAGUCUGUUGCCAUUGACCAGUCUUCAUCAUUAGCAAAAGCUACAAC